AUGUCUCGUCUCGAUCUCGGCUCUGAGAUUGAAGAGGCAGAACUUUUCACCCCACCCCUGCUGCCUCCAAACCAUUCGCGACGAUCAUCGAGUCGAAGCGUGAGCAGCCAAAGUCGAUACCUCCCAACUUACAGUGAGACAGCAAGCCGCUCGGUUAGGUCUCUACACACAGGAAUCCCCGAUGGACAAGGCAUCGAACUUGAUGAAUGCAUCAGUCACGAUGCAGAUUCUACCAGUUCGAAACGAUGGGCGCAGCGACAGGCUCCUGCUCUGAGCACCCUUCGUCGAUACCCAACCCGUCGGAUCAAAUUGGUCAAAGGAGCUGUGCUCAGUGUAGACUAUCCAGUCCCAAGCCCGAUAAGAAAUGCAAUCGAGCCAAAGUAUCGUGACCUUGAGGAUGGACAGAGUGAAGAGUUCACUCAUAUGCGGUACACUGCUGCAACAUGUGACCCUGAUGAGUUCACUCUUCAUCACGGCUACAAUCUUCGUCCAUCGAUGUAUAACAGGCACACCGAGAUGCUCAUCGCUAUUACUUACUACAACGAGGACAAGGUGUUGACUGCAAGGACACUGCAUGGCGUGAUGCAGAAUGUCCGGGAUAUCGUCAAUUUAAAGAAAACUAAGUUCUGGAAUAAGGGAGGUCCAGCUUGGCAGAAGAUCGUUGUCUGUCUUGUUUUCGAUGGCAUCAAACCCUGUGACAAAAACACUCUCGACCUCCUUGCUACGAUUGGAGUUUAUCAGGACGGUGUGAUGAAACAUGAUCUCGAUGGUCGUGAGACAGUGGCUCAUAUUUUUGAGUACACAACUCAGCUUUCAGUCACACCGGCGCAGCAACUCAUAAGGCCAUCUUCAGAUAACCCGGACAAUCUUCCUCCCGUGCAGAUGAUUUUCUGCCUUAAACAGAAAAAUAGCAAGAAAAUCAAUUCCCACCGAUGGUUGUUCAACGCAUUUGGUCGAAUCCUCAAUCCAGAGGUCUGCAUUCUGAUUGAUGCAGGUACCAAACCUGGCCACAAGUCACUGCUUACUCUUUGGGAGGCUUUCUACAAUAAUGAGGACCUUGGCGGAGCAUGCGGUGAGAUUCACGCGCUUCUCGGACCUGCAUGGCGAAAGGUUUUGAAUCCAAUUGUCGCAGCACAGAAUUUCGAGUAUAAGAUCUCAAAUAUCUUGGACAAGCCCCUUGAAAGCAGCUUUGGAUACGUCAGUGUCUUGCCUGGCGCAUUUUCUGCAUACAGAUACAAGGCUAUUGUCGGCAGACCUCUCGAGCAAUACUUUCACGGCGACCAUACUUUGUCGGAAAGACUAGGUAAAAAAGGCAUUGAGGGGAUGAAUAUAUUCAAGAAGAAUAUGUUCCUCGCCGAGGAUCGAAUUCUAUGCUUUGAACUGGUGGCGAAAGCGGGCUGUCGUUGGCGACUCACCUACGUGAAAGCGUCCAAAGGCGAAACAGAUGUGCCUGAGAGCCCACCCGAGUUCCUUUCGCAAAGACGUCGCUGGCUCAAUGGAUCUUUUGCAGCUGGGCUUUAUUCACUGAUGCACUUCAAUCGAAUCUAUCGAAGUGGCCAUAGUAUUCCAAGGCUCUUUUUCCUUCACAUUCAAUUCAUAUACAAUGUCUGCCAGCUUAUCAUGACAUGGUUUUCACUUGCCUCCUACUGGCUGACCACGUCGGUGAUCAUGGACAUUGUCGGUACCCCCAGUGCAGUGAAUCAUUACAAAUCUUGGCCAUUCGGAACCGAGGCUUCGCCUAUCUUUAACACCUUCAUCAAGUUUGGCUACAUCAUUUUCCUUCUACUUCAGUUCAUUCUAGCACUCGGGAACCGACCAAAGGGGUCCAAAAUUCCCUACACACUGUCCCUGGUCUAUUUUUCUAUCGUUCAAUUCUACAUUCUUGUGCUCUCAUUCUAUCUUGUGGCACAGGCAUUGACACCCGAGAACCUCAGUUUCAACCUCAAGGACGGUGUCCUGGCAUUUAUACGACAAUUCGUUUCGUCCACUGGAGGUGUCGUCCUAGUUGCGCUAGUCUCCACCUACGGCAUUUAUUUUAUUGCAAGCUUUCUUUACUGGGACCCAUGGCACAUGUUUACCUCGUCAUGGGCAUACUUUCUUGGCAUGCCCUCGUCGAUCAACAUCUUAAUGGUUUACGCAUUCUGCAACUGGCACGAUGUUUCUUGGGGCACCAAAGGGUCAGAUAAGGCCGAUGCAUUGCCAUCCGCCCAGACCAAGCAAGACGCCCAUGCUCCGUUCGUGGAGGAGAUUGAUAAGCCCCAGGCAGACAUCGACGUGCAAUUUGAACAGACCGUCAAGCGAGCCCUGGCUCCCUGGCAGGAACCGGAGCAGAAGGACGAGACCACUCUCGAAGACUCUUACAAAGCCUUCCGAACCAAUCUCGUUUUACUUUGGACUUUCAGCAACGGGCUUCUGGCCUUGUGCAUUAACAAUGACGGGAUCAAGAAGAUAUGUCUGACGACGACUUCAACUCUCCGCACUGCGUGGUUGUGGGGUCGGGUUCAAGCCACCGCGAACGUGAUUUAUCUCCAGGGCACCUGGCUUCCCAAGCUCGUCGAUUUGACCUUUCACCCAUAUCUCAAAUUUGAAGACAGUAAAGGUUUUCGUGGGGGUGUACGGUUCUCGUUUCUUUACAACAUGGCCUCAGAUACACCGUCAUCGUCGCAGAAGCGAUUCUACAGCACUUCCUCACCCUGGGAGGCUAAGUUUGGAUACUAUCGCGCCGUCCGACACGGGAGGCACAUCUUCGUCUCAGGAUCAACAGCCGCAGAUCCUGACUCCCCACCCGAGGCACCCCGCGUCCGCUGUCCUGGAGACGCGCGCGCUCAAGCUCAAAUUACUUUCCAAGAAAUCAUUCAGGCCAUUCAGGCUGUGGGUGGCCGGGGAGCCGAGAGUGUUGUUCGAUGCCGCAUGUUCGUGAGUCGCAAGGAAGAUUGCGGGGCCGUCGGCGAGGCUUUUCGCGAGGCUUUGGGGAAGCAGAAUGGUGAUCAAGUGGGAGCGGCAGCAACGAUGAUUGUUGUGGGGGACAGCUUUGUGGAUGCGGAAAUGCUUGUUGAGAUUGAAGUGGAUGCUAUUGCAGAGGAGGAUUGA